AUGACGAUCCGCAAGCUGGAUGAAGAGAAUUCCAAACUCUUCGAGCCUCUGAGCAUCAAUAAUGGCAAGAUCCAGCUGCGGCACCGCGUCAUCCAUGCUCCAAUGACCAGGAACCGCGGCGUGCCCGUCAACGUCACGAGCACCCCCGAGAAUCCCAAUCGCGUCUGGUAUCCAGGGGACCUGAUGGUCGAGUAUUAUCGUCAACGUACAACCCCUGGCGGGUUGAUCAUCUCGGAAGGUAUUCCACCGUCCCUAGAGAGUAAUGGCAUGCCGGGCGUUCCCGGUCUCUUCACUGAGGAGCAGGCAUCCGGGUGGAAAAGGGUCGUCGAUGCGGUCCACGCCCAGGGAGGUUACAUCUACGCUCAAUUAUGGCACGCUGGUCGUGCUGCCAUCCCUCAGAUGACGGGAUCGCCCGUCGUAUCCGCCUCGGCCAGCGUCUGGGAUGACCCGGAGGAAUGCUACACCCAUCCCCCCGUGGGAUCGACGGUGCCUGUACGAUACGCCGACCAUCCGCCGAUCGAGCUGUCCGUCGAGCAUCUGAAGCGCACCAUUCGCGACUACUGCCAGGCCGCCGAGACCGCCAUGCGCAUCGGGUUCGACGGUGUCGAGCUGCAUGCGGGCAAUGGCUACCUACCCGAACAGUUCCUCAGCUCCAACGUCAACCGUCGCACCGACGAGUACGGUGGCUCCCCGGAGAAGCGGUGCCGCUUCGUAUUGGAGUUGAUGGAUGCGCUGGCGCAGUCCGUCGGCCAGGAGAACCUGUCCAUUCGUCUGUCGCCGUUUGGACUGUACAACCAGGCGCGCGGCGAGCAGCGCGUGGAGACCUGGACCUUCCUGUGUGAAUCUUUGAAAAAGGCGCUUCCGAAUCUGUCGUAUGUGAGCUUUAUCGAGCCGCGAUACGAGCAAAUCUUCAGCUACGAAGAAAAAGACAAGUUUCUGAGCAGCUGGGGCCUCUUGAAUGUGGAUUUGACUCGCUUCCGUCAGAUUUUUGGUUCGACCCCUUUCUUUUCCGCCGGCGGAUGGAACCAGUCCAACUCGUGGGGCGUGCUGGAGGAGGGUCGCUACGAUGCCCUUCUCUAUGGCAGGUUCUUUACCAGCAAUCCGGACCUGGUCGAUCGUCUGAAGAAAGGUAUCCCCUUGGAACCAUAUCACCGUGGUCGCUUCUAUGGUCCAUUCGAGGAUAAUGCGGCUUACUAUGUGGAUUAUCUUCCGGCCCAGUAG